AUGUACCAGAGUCGACAGCAGCAGCAGCAGCAGCAGCAGCAGCCGCAGCACAUGAUGUUCCAGAAUGGACAGCAACAGCAGCAGCAGCCGCAGCAACACAUGAUGUACCAGAAUAGACAGCAGCAGCAGCCGCAGCAGCAGCAGACGAUGAUGAUUAGAGGGUUAGCACCUAUGCAGAUUCGGCAAUCGUUCAACGUCGCGCCAAUGAUGCAACAGCGUGUCCAGCAGGUGGCGCCCGUGAUGCGACAGGUUCAAUCCACGGUGCAGACAUCUCCAGGCUUCAGGCGAUCUUCCUCCUCGUCAUCGUCAUCGUCGUCGUCAUCCUUCGGAUCCACGGGAAUUGCUGGUUUUGGUUCGAGUCCCAGUGGUGACAUAGACCCAAACAACUUCGCCAACAUCGACGCCAGCGACUUUGGUUUCGACAACUUCGGCAACAUGUACAUCAACGUCGAGGCUUUCGACUUCACCAACUGGAGGAACGCCGCCCAGGCCGCCGCUCCGCGUGAGGCAAUCAACGCCGCACAGACCGAGCAGAUCGUCAUCGGCCGUCGAUUCCGAUCCGGAUCCGCCCGUCAGACGGAGACCAGCUCGGCCUCGAAGGAAGGCAGCGGCAACGGAGAAGCCGGCAUCGAGUUGUCUGCCUCUCGCACUGCCUCCCAGGACAACACCCAGCAGUUCACGCAGGAGGCGACGGGAGAGGGCAAGACCGAGCAGGGAGCGACGUACGGAUUCGAGAGGAACAACAAGGGAGAGAUCCGGUUCAAUCCGGUCAAGCUGGAUUCGCUUCCGGUUCACUCUGGACCGGCGAACACGGUGCCGACGCAAGCGCGCUCUGGCGGCCAACAGAGCAACAGAGGUCAGUCUAAGACAUGGUAAGCGACGCUGCCGAGUGGGCGGAGCUUCGUCUGCCGACAAGUCCGAAACAACCAAUCAGAUGACACGACACAACAACUCGCAGCCAAUCAGAUGAACCGACAGAAUUGCUCGCAACAAAUCAGAUGGUCUGACAGAAUUGCUCGCAACCAAUCAGAUGGUCUGACAGAAUAACACGCAUCCAAUCAGAUGGUCCGACAGAAUUGCUCGCAACCAAUCAGACGGUCCAACAGAAUCGCUCGCAACCAAUCAGAUGUACCGAUAGGCAUACCUUCCCACAGACAUAAAUAAAGCCGAUAGCAAGAAAGCGGUAACACAUCGGUAACGAAGCUGUUAGCAGAAGACAACGAGCUUGAUAACGACGCGGAUAGCGACACGGAUAACGAGACGGAUAACGACACAUGUAUUAGUGGCAUACGACUAACAAACAGCAGAGAAUGUGAUAUAGGCAUCAUAGCAGACAGCCGCGGCUCCGUGCAUGCACCGUAUCUAUAUAUAGUAUAUGACAUCAUCAACUCCACGUUCGUGAUUUAUCUCCAACUGUUAAACGCCUGUAUUCUUACUUCCGUCAUCAUUCCCUUUGAGAUCUUCGUCAUGCACAAUGUUACUAGUUGGAUUAUUAUUAUUAUUAUUUUAUCAGUUGCAUUGGAUUAACGGUUUCAGUGGGAAUGAUUGAUCACAGCGAAAUGUGUUUCUAUGUUUCGGCUGUUCGUUUUGGAUUUGGCUUUUUUUAAAAUCUUGGUUUUGGUUUUUGCUUUCUAAAUUUUGGUUUGUUUUAAUGUUUUUAGCGAUUUUUCUUUCGGGUUUUUAAAUUUUGGGUCACAUCGUACCUAUAGACGCUGUUACUACCUAAGAUAUGACAGUCUGAUAUCGCUACAGCGAACCAAACGAAAGUGAAAGUGAAAGUGAAAUCGACGAUGAGAACUGAAACCGUGUUAAGCAAUUCUGACAUGAGCAAGGCCAUUUCAUCUUUGUAAAUAAACAAUCGUACCCUAUAGCAACAUGCGCUAGCAAAUAAAAUCUGGAAAAAAACA